AACACUUUCUCAACAAAAAAAAAAAAAAAAAAAAACAGACGGGAAAAGCUAGGUGACAUUGAAGUUGAUAAGUGACGUAAGAGUUGUCACUCUUUUUUUUCAGAUACUUUUUUUUCCCUAAGAUGGCACAGAGAAAUCAAAAUCCGACCAAUGAAAAUGAUCAAAAUGUUUUUGUUCUUCAAACAACACAAACUUUUAAUCCAGCGGUUUAUAAUCUUCCACAAUUUCGAUUCGGGCAUUUGCCUACUUCGGAAGUGCGAAAUGCAUGGACCGGUUGGAUCCGUGGUUUCGAACGUGUCAUGACAGCUUCAAAUAUUGUUGACUGCUCCAUCAAAAAAAUCCAACUGCUGGCAAUGGGAGGAUUGGAGCUACAAACUGUUUUCGAUUCAAUCCCAGGAGGAGAUGUUGAAGAGGCCGACAAUAUAGAUCCCUACAUGGUGGCGAAGUCUAAAUUAGACGAGCAUUUCUCUCCUAAACAUCACGAAAGUUUCGAAAGAUAUUUAUUUUGGACUAUGGUAGCUGACGCAGAGGAACCGAUUGAAAAAUUCUUGGAAAGAAUUCAACAAAAAGCCGAUAAGUGCUCUUUCGGACAAACUCCCAUGGACAGUCGGCAAAUCGCUGUAAUGGACAAAAUUAUUCAAGCCGCUCCAGAGGAUCUUCGCGAACGGCUGCUGGAAAGGGAGAAUUUAACUUUGAACGAUUGUGUUAAGGUUGUCAACUCAUAUCAGGCAGUAAAAUAUCAAGCAUCUGCGAUGAGUAAGAGACCACAUCAGGCGAUACUGAACGUACAGCGUCUCUAUACAAAAGCGAACAUAACGAAACCAGAAUUUUCGCAAAAUAAGCUUAGGUGCACCCGCUGUGGCUACAGUCAACACAAUCCCGGAGAGAGAUGUCCAGCAUAUAAUCAAAAAUGUUUGCGAUGUGGGGUUACAGGGCAUUUCAAAUCGGUGUGCAGAGCUCUUAGUGAGAAAACGAACCUUAAAACUGGAAAUGAAAUCCCGGGAAAACGAUUUUAUUCGAUGGGAAAUGAAAAACGUGCGAUGGUUUUCAAGCGACCACGAAAUGUUUUGAAUAUAAAUGUUGAUGAAGCAAGCAGUAUGUAUGAGGAACUGCCCGUUUACAAUAUUGGGAAUACAUCGGACGACCAAAUCAGGUGUCUCGUGGGAGGAAUUAAUAUACAAAUGUUAAUUGACUCGGGCUCAAAAUAUAAUCUUAUUGAUGAUAAUACAUGGAAUAUGAUGCAGCUCCAAAACGUUACAGUAAAAAAUGUACGCUUUGAUUCGAACAAAAAAUUUCUCGCGUACGGUAAAGUACCGUUGAAACUUUUAAUGAUUUUUGAUGCCGACAUUCAAAUACAGGGCGUAAGUGAAAAGUUACCAAUAAACUCCACAUUCUUUGUUAUCGAAAAGGGCCAACAAGCAUUGCUAGGAAAGGACACUGCCCAAAAACUAGGCGUUCUUCGGAUUGGCCUAAGAAACUGUUCAACUGAUGUGCACUAUGCAGAUGAAUUGAAAGCAACAUUUCCUUACAUAAAACACGUCGAGCUUACGCUGCCGAUAGACAAAAGGAUUGCACCUGUGAUUCAACCUCUUCGACGAUGUCCAGUACCGUUACUAGGGAAAGUAAAAGCAAAAAUUGAUGAUUUGUUGGCGCAGGAUAUAAUAGAACGAAUCGAAAGACCAACGACAUGGGUUUCACCACUUGUUCCUAUUUUGAAGGAUAAUGGUGAAGUACGCCUUUGCAUUGAUAUGCGUCGUGCAAAUCAAGCAAUUCAACGGUUAAAUCACCCCUUGCCAAUAUUCGAGGAAAUCCUUUCCCGGAUUCGGAAUGCUCGUUUUUAUUCGUUACUAGAUAUGAAAGAUUCUUAUUAUCAUAUAAUGCUUUCUGCAGAAUGUCGAGAUAUUACUACCUUCAUAACGAAUUGGGGUCUAUUUCGAUUCAAACGUUUGUUUUUCGGAGUUAAUUGUGCACCUGAAUUGUUUCAGAGUCUGAUGGAAAGUUUGUUCGCAACGUGUAGUAAUAUGGUGGGAUUCAUAGAUGAUUUUUUGAUAUACGGAGAAACAGAAGAGGAGCAUGAUCGGGCACUCAAAGCGGUAGUGCAACGAAUUGAUGAACUUGGAAUUCAGCUUAACCAUCACAAAUGCAAGUUCAAGAAAACGGAGAUCAUUUUCCUGGGUCACAAACUUUCAGAAAAGGGUGCGCUACCUUCAGAUGAUAAGAUAGAAUCAAUUUUAAGCUGCCGUGCUCCUAAAUCACGCGAAGAGCUCAGAAGCUUCAUGGGACUGGUUACAUACGUUUCUCGUUUUAUUCCAAAUUUAGCUACCGACAGUUGUCCGCUGAGAGACCUGAUAAAGUCAUCGUCACAUUUCGAAUGGAAGCAAAUCCAUCAGAUUGCAUUUGAUCGACUCAAACAGCGUAUUGGAUCAAUUGAUUAUUUAGGUUAUUUUGAUCCAAAUGAUCGUACAUUAGUAAUAACAGACGCAUCGGGUGUAGGACUUGGAGCCGUGUUGAUACAAUUCAAGGGAAAUUUACCAAGAGUAAUUAGUUAUGCGUCUAAAAGUUUGUCGGAAACGGAAAAAAAAUAUCCGCCGAUUGAAAAAGAGGCACUUGGCAUUGUAUGGGCGGUUGAAAGGUUUCGUAUAUUUUUGCUUGGUAUUACUUUCGAACUUGAGACUGAUCACCGGCCACUUGAAACUAUUUUCACGGCUACUUCUCGACCUACUAUUCGUAUCGAGCGCUGGCUUUUAAGAUUACAAGCUUUUAAGUUCAACGUGGUUUAUAGGAAGGGUUCUGCAAACUUGGCCGAUUCAUUAUCAAGACUAGCCGCCCACUGUAGCGAUACCAGUUGGAACGAAGAAUCCGAAGUUUUCAUACGUCACGUGAUGGUUGAAGCCAUAGCCAUUCUCAGCGAUGGAAAUAACAACGAUUUUGACGAUAGCACAGAAAUUGCCAUUAGGGCCAUUCAAGAUGCGGCGGCCAUCGAUAUUACAGAGGUAAUUGAUGAAACAAAAAUCGACGACGAGUUGAAAACAUUAAAAGAUGCGAUUAUGUCGGGCGUUUGGAAAGAUCCGAGUCUAAAGCCAUAUGCGCCUUUCCAAAGCGAGCUGAGCUAUGUCAAUGGUUUGUUGAUGCGUGGUAGAAAAUUAAUAGUUCCCGUGGUUCUUCGAGAACGUAUAUGUAUGCUGGCUCACGAAGGACACCCGGGCCAUUCAGUAAUGAAAAGUCGUUUGCGAGAUAAAUAUUGGUGGCCGAAUAUGGAUCAUGCGGCCAUUAGAGUGUGUGAUAGAUGUGAGGGCUGCCGUUUAGUGCAUGCUGCUGAUCCCCCGGAACCGAUGGCAAGAAGAACUAUACCCGAGAAACCAUGGGUUGAUCUAGCAAUUGACUUUUUAGGUCCUUUGCCCACGAAUGAAUACGUACUCGUCGUAAUCGAUUAUUAUAGCCGAUACAUGGAACUAGAGAUUAUGUCCAAGAUAACAGCUUGUGAAACUGUACGGAAAUUAAGAAAAAUUUUCCGAACAUGGGGUUAUCGGAGAACAAUAACCUUAGAUAACGCGAAGCAGUUUGUCUCAAAAGAGUUUUCUGAUUUUUGCACAUCGAUCGGAGUAGUCUUAAAUCACACCACGCCAUACUGGCCGCAAGCUAACGGAGAGGUUGAGCGACAGAACAGAUCUCUGCUUAAAAGAUUGAAAAUUUCGAAUGCUUUAUACGGCGAUUGGAAGACCGAGUUGGACGAUUACUUAAUCCAGUACAAUAAUUCACCUCAUUCAACAACUGGAAUGACACCAAGUGAACUCCUUCAAAAUAGGAAAGUACGCUUCAAACUUCCACAGAUCGAUGACAUUAGUACCACUCCACCGUCCUCAGAAUUUAGGGACAGAGACAUUCAAAAAAAGUUUGAAGGAAAAGAACGAGGAGAUGCCAGGCGAGCAGCAAGGACGAGUGACAUUCAAACUGGUGAUUCUGUUUUGAUGAAAAACCUAACGAUACAAGAUAAGCUAACAACCGACUUCGGAAAAGAAGAAUAUACAGUAGUAGGCAGAAAUGGGCCUAACGUUACUGUGGAAUCAACUGAAACAGGAAAGCGUUUCGACCGCAACACAUCUCAUCUUCGGAAAAUUGAAGAAUCCAACGAGAAACACUUUCGAUCUGACGACACGCUACUGACGCACGAAACGGAUAAGCAAGCUGUGUUGCGAAGAUCAUCUCGUGCUCCAAAGCCAACGGCGCGCUUCAGUCCGUGAUAUUGCUAUUUUCAAAUAACUCAGAUUUAAAUGAAUAUAUAUUUUCUUUUGAUAUUUGCAAAUAAAAAAAGGGAGAUGUGAUACUCGUUCUCAAUUACACCUACAAGUAUAUUUUAGUGUUAGCGUGUAAAUGCACAUUAGCUCCUUGGGGUUGGCAGUCUACUUCCGGAUACCAGACAGAUUGGUUGUGUCUUACUAAAGUGGCAUAUAGUAUUUCGCCCACAUAACUAGAGG